ACCAAAACAUACUAGAAUAUCAGUGACUUGAAAAAAGUGUUUCGACGUUGAGCACUUUAUCCAUCCCCGCCGAGUACAUUUUUCAGCCAGUACCGCCACCUGCAGAUUAAAGAGAGAGCGCGAGACACAGUCCAUCAGUCACAAGCGCUGCAGACUUCACAUUUACUAGCAAGAAAAAACGACGAAAAGCCAACCAGUUUCUCUUCUCAUGGACCAAUAUUGCCUUUCUAAAAUUACACUACGGUGUGCAUGCAUGUUAUCUGUUUGAAAGCGACUUUUACGAAACUCUUUAUUAAAAAGAAACUACAGUACAGUACAAAACAAACAAAACAACAACAACAAAAAAAGAGUAGUCAUAUUAGUAAGAUUGGGAGACACUGAGAAUGGCGUCAAUUGGAGAGUUCGAUCCUCUAACAUCCACCGUUCCUGCAACCAAAAUUGAAAUAACAGUCUCGUGCAGGAACCUGCUUGAUAUGGACACCUUCUCCAAGUCUGAUCCUGUGGUAGUGCUCUACGUGCAGGGAAUUGGGAGCAAAGAAUGGAGGGAGUUUGGAAGGACCGAAGUAAUUGACAACACAUUAAACCCGGAUUUUGUGCGGAAAUUCGUUCUCGACUACUUCUUUGAAGAGAAGCAGAAUCUUCGGUUUGAUGUGUACAAUGUGGACUCGAGAAGUUCAAACAUUUCAAAACAUAAGGAUUUUCUUGGACAGACAUUUUGUACACUGGGGGAGAUCAUUGGCUCUAAAGCUGGUCGGCUGGAGAACAAUCUGUCUGGGAUACCUGGGAAGAAAUGUGGGAUCAUUAUCUUCUCUGCUGAAGAGCUGAGCAACUGUCGGGAUAUCGCCACCAUGCAGAUGUGUGCCAACAAGCUAGAUAAAAAAGACUUCUUUGGGAAGUCUGACCCAUUUCUCGUCUUUUAUCGCAGCAAUGAAGAUGGAACAUUCACAAUCUGCCAUAAAACGGAGGUUGUUAAGAACACCCUGAACCCUACGUGGCAGCCGUUUACCAUCCCUGUGCGGGCGCUGUGCAACGGAGACUACGAUAGAACCGUUAAAGUAGACUGUUAUGACUGGGACCGAGAUGGCAGUCAUGACUUUAUUGGCGAGUUCACCACAAGCUACAGGGAGCUGUCUCGUGGACAGAACCAGUUUAAUGUCUAUGAGGUUUUAAAUCCAAAGAAAAAGGGAAAGAAGAAAAAAUAUAUAAAUUCUGGCACAGUAACUCUGUUGUCAUUCAAAGUGGAAUCUGAAUACACGUUUGUGGAUUACAUCAGAGGAGGGACUCAACUGAACUUCACUGUGGCAAUAGACUUUACAGCAUCCAAUGGUAACCCAUCCCAGCCAACCUCUCUGCACUACAUGAACCCCUACCAGAUGAACGCCUAUGCCAUGGCUCUGAAAGCAGUGGGAGAGAUCAUUCAGGACUACGACAGCGAUAAACUCUUCCCAGCAUAUGGAUUCGGGGCCAAGCUACCGCCAGAUGGAAAAAUCUCCCAUGAGUUCCCAUUGAAUGCAGACUAUGAGAACCCAAACUGUGUGGGAAUAGAAGGGGUGCUAGAAGCCUAUUUCCAGAGCCUUCGAACAGUGCAGCUGUACGGGCCCACAAACUUCGCCCCUGUUAUUAACCAAGCCGCAAGAUCAGCCGCUAACAUGACAGAUGGCUCGCAGUAUUUUGUCCUGUUGAUGAUCACAGACGGCGUCAUCUCUGAUAUGCUGCAGACGAAGGAAGCCAUUGUUAAUGCUGCCUCUCUUCCAAUGUCCAUCAUAAUCAUUGGGGUGGGCCCAGCAGAGUUUGAUGCAAUGGAGGAACUGGAUGGAGAUGAAGUUCGGGUCUCAUCCAGGGGGCGCUUUGCAGAACGAGACAUUGUACAGUUUGUGCCAUUCCGAGAUUACAUUGACCGCUCUGGAAACCAAGUAUUAAGCAUGGCCAGGCUUGCAAAGGAUGUGUUAGCAGAGAUUCCCGAACAGUUACUGUCGUUUAUGAAAUCUCAUGGCAUCGAGCCCCGCCCAUCCCUGCCUUCCUCCAAUCAGCUGCACAUGAGGAUCUGAGCUGGGGUGUGAGUGGCUGGCUCUACAAUUGCCUCCAGCACCAUCGUUUUUAACCAUCCAGUUCUAGGAACAGAACUACACUUGGAUCCAAGACCAUACCUUCACACCAAGGAAUGCAUGCAAGAAGGCAAUUUUGUUUCUUCCUUCACAUCUUGGGCUCCCUAGUCGUCUGAGGCUGCACUCAACGAAGCAUCAUACUUGUAGCAAAAUCAGAGUAUGCAACGCAUGUUUUGUACAGCACAUCUACAUUUAUGUAUUCCUGAUCUUUUCGUAAGACAGUAAAAAAAAAAAAAAAGUUUUUUGAGCAGAGAGGCACAGUAGUUAGUUUAUCGAUCGAUACAGUCUGUGAAUGUUUCAGAAUUGAGAUUAUAUAUACAUAGGCGUAGGUGGAUUGCUUGUUUUCUUCCAGAUGUUGGCAUAUGGAUGUUAAAUAAACUUUAAGUCUUCAUGAAGUUCAAGGCAACUUUUCGAGGCAAUGAAUCAACAUGUUUCUCCAUUGAAGUAGGAUGCAGAUUCAUUAGAUGAUCACCACAAGAGGCAGAAGAUCCUGCUGCUUACUUUACUUCAGACAAGUUAUUUGCCUAUUUUACCCUCUUAUUCUAGUAUUACUGUAAAAUGUAAUGUAUUUCAGAUAGUCGUCUUUUAAUGUUGGAUGUUUACAAAGUUUAACUUGAUACACACUCCCUCAAAACAGGUUUUAGCUCACACAGCAAUGCAUUCAGGUGCCUGUGGUCAUGCAUCUCUUAACAAAGAGGUAUUUAAAUGCAUUAGAGUUGUUAAAAAACCAAUGAUGAAAAACAUCCAGCAGAAUAUUUUAAAUAGAAAACAUGGAUUUCAAUUGGUAGCAAUUUUUGUUCUCCAGGUUGAGUUCUCCUAAGACAGGUUGGCAGUGAAAUGACUUCUGGAACAACUAAAUAAUUGUGUUAAAGAACAUCUUCCAUAAAACAGCAGCAGUAAUAGAUGACAGCCAGAGAUGCUCCAUAACCAAGGCUUAAAAAUCAAUAUUAUCACUACUGUCCCUUUUCUUCUCUUAAAAGACUUCAGCUUUUGUUUGUAUUUUAUACUAGAAUUUGGAAUAUACAGGUAUUUCAAAGACAAGAACAUAAGAGCAUAAGUCAACUUUAUAUUCUUCUGUUUUUAUAUAUUCUUUAAGAACUGACUAGACCAGUUCUAAGAUCAAUGAGCUACUAACAAUCAGAAGAGCAAUUGAUGGCUGCCUGUCAUUCUUAACUUUUCUUAUGUUUUAGGUUUGUUGUCAAGCUACAGAAGGAAACGAUGCUGCCUCUUCCUGGUACAAAAUCACUUCCUGUGCUAUAGCUCAGUUUGUCGCGAGGGGUCUCAAUUCAGGCCAUGUGACCUAUCACACAGGAAGCUAUUAGAGACCAGGAAGAAACAGUGGUUUUGAUCUACUUCAUCUGCUGCACUUUGAAAAAUCUCUCAAAUUUGAGUUGAAAAACAAGCAAAUGAAUUAAACCCCUGGUUAGCACUCCUUUCAGUGUAUUUUCUCGAGGAGCUUCUUCAGAGCAAUUCAGCAAUUGAGUACAACAGUCUAGUAUGGUAACUGUUUUUAAUCCUAAUAACCCUGCAGGUGUUGAAGCUGUGACUUUUCUUUUUCAUAUAACCUCAAUUUUGUGCAAUUCAUUUCCCACUGGAGAUAUGUCUAGGCUGCAGACCAAGAACCUUGAUGUUUUCCCCAGUGUUAAAACACAGAAUCAAAAUCAACAUGGUUACUAUGGGGAAUAACUUGAACGUCAAAGUAAAUUUAAACAGCAAGUCAAACUAAGAAUUAGCAUAACCUCAAAAAGAAUCCAUACGCUUUAAAAUACAUUCUGCUUCUGGACAUUUGGAAUUCCAGGAUGUACUUGGUUUCAUGUAGUACGCCCAUAUUGUCUUCUUCACAGAGAAUGUGAUGUCCUGUAAAUGCAGCCCCAGACGAUUAUAACAUUAAAAAUAAGCUUGUGUUUUUUCUAUAUUGUUUUCAUAAUAAAUGGGUUAAAUUAUGUUGUUUUUUUAUGGACAGAGAGCUUACAAAAAUAAUUAGAAAUGUAAAUUGGCCACAGAAUACUGUCGCAGAACAAUACAGAAUACUACAAACUAGUAUAAUAAAAGGCCCCUUACUGAUUGUUAAUUAGAUUAGCCAGACAAAUACUUGGCUGGAUUUCAUAAUAUUUAUGGUUUUAUUUAGUUUUGUUUGUUGUAAGAGAGAAUACAGGUUGGUUCUAAGUUGAUGUUGCUAAAUAAUCAAUGAGUGAGGAUAGCAUUCCUUGAUGAUUUUCAUCCCUUACCAGCUAUAAAAAAACACACUGCCGGUCCAAUACUAGCGCCUAAAGGGUGAAAGACAUUGCAUAUAUUAGGUUCUCCUCUAGGUGCCACUGUUUCCUCAUUUUCCAUUUUUUUGAUGUUUUUUUUUUUUUUUUACAAUUAAAUUGUUAACUUUUGUUUAUUUGAAACAGUUUUUUGACAAUUGACUGCUGGAGUGACUAUUGACUGGUUUUAUGGGCAACAGGACAAUCUGACAAUGUUUAAGCCACUUCUAUAAUGGUGCUCAAAAGUAUUGGCACUAUUUUUCCAUCUAGAUUUGAAAUCAUGAAGCCAAAAAUGAAUGUCUAAAAAUGAAGAUAACCUAUUGCUUAAUAAAGUUAUUUAUUUCUUGCGUAAUUUUAUCAUUUACAAUUAUGCAAUUAUAAUUACAAAAGCACACACACACAAUAA